AUGUCGCUACCUCCCAGAAGCACAUCUCACUCAGAAGAGGUUUGUGACUUCAGUACAUUGUGCAAUAACUCAAUCUCACCACGGCGAAAUUUCCGCAAGGUAGACUGGGAAAAAUUCUACAAUACCCUCCGAGAUCAACUCGAUACACUCCCCAUCCCAUGCGAAAUCACGAACAGUGAACAAAUGCACACCACACUCAAGAACAUCGAUGACGCAGUCCAAGACGUGAUUGACGCAUGCGUUCCAUGGACCAAACCGAGUCCAUAUAUGAAACGAUGGUGGAAUGGAGAACUCACAGAACUACGCCAACAGCUACGCAGGGUGCAGAAAAAAGCAUACGGAUUCAGAUCGGUACCAGAACAUCCAAUUCACGAGGAACGACGAAGGCUACGCAAUCAAUAU